AUUCGAAGCCUGCGCAAAGCAGCAAUGUGGGUCGUGUGAUUCAACGCUCCAGAGUGAAAUCUCUCGAGUCUUACACUGCUGUAACUUUGUCACCUGCUGGAUUAGGGUGAUCCCGAGAAUGGAGAGCGAUUCUCCUCCACCGCUGACCCCCGAUGACAAUCUUCCUGCUCGGUUACGUAUUAUUGAGAGGCUUGAUUCCCUUGGAGUUCCCAUGGAGAACUUGGAACGGCUUCAGCCUGGACUAGUUGAUUAUGUAAAGAAUAAUAAGUCUCAAAUCCCUGAGGUUGUCUUUGCCAUCUUGCCCAGCAAUGAUGAUGCAGUCGAGGCUGGUAAUGAAACUCUAGUAGAAUCUCCCAUAGCAAAUGGUGGCUCAGGUGUUGAAAAUUUAUUUCACGAAAGUAUUCUCUGGUUACUAUGGCUGAUGUUUGAGGGUGAUCCAUGCACUGCACUAGAACACCUAGCUAGUUUAAAUCUUGGUCAACGCGGUGUUUGUGGAGCCAUUUGGGGAAACAACGAUAUUGCGUAUCGUUGCCGGACAUGCGAGCAUGAUCCUACAUGUGCAAUUUGUGUACCUUGUUUCCUCAAUGGUAACCACAAUGACCAUGACUAUUCUAUUAUAUAUACUGGUGGUGGUUGCUGUGAUUGUGGGGAUGUCACUGCAUGGAAACGUGAGGGUUUCUGCUCCGAGCAUAGAGGCGUUGAGCAGAUACAGCCACUUCCUGAUAAUUAUGCAAACUCUUUGGGUCCUGUCCUGGAUGCUUUAUUGUCACAUUGGGGAAAAAGGCUGCUGUUUGGAGAAACUAUUUCAACUCUAAGUCCUGAAGUCAAUAAUCACACACCAGAUUUUAAAAGAAUUGCAGAGGGGCUGACGUGUGUUGUGGUUGAGAUGCUCUUGGAAUUCUGCAACUCGAGUGAGAGUUUACUUAGUUUUAUUUCUCAGAAGGUGUUGUCUUCAGCUGGUUUACUGGAAGUUCUAGUGAGAGCAGAGAGACUCAUCAGUGACGAGGAGACUGUCAGAAAGCACCAUGAGUUAUUACUGAAGCUGUUGGGUGAACCUCGAUUUAAAUACGAGUUUGCAAAAGAGUUUCUCAGAUAUUAUCCAACUGUAGUCAGCGAAGCCAUUAAAGAUACUACUGAUACAGUUUUAAAAAAGUAUCCGCUACUAUGUACAUUUUCUGUGCAGAUACUUACAGUGCCUACUCUAACCCCACGCCUUGUGAAGGAAUUUGAUCUUUUGGCUAUGCUGUUGGGAUGUUUAGAAGACAUAUUUGUUUCUUGCUCGGGAGAAAAUGGUCAAUUGCAGGUUGAGAGAUGGGAGCAGUUGUUUAAUAUUACUCUUCGCGUGAUUGAAGAUAUCCGAUUUGUCAUGAGUCAUUCUGUUGUACCCAAAUAUGUUAUUCGUGAUAGGCAAGAUAUACUAAGAAUAUGGAUGAAACUGUUAUCCUUCAUGCAAGGAAUGAACCCUCAAAAAAGAGAAACUGGAACUCACGUGGAAGUGGAAAAUGAUAAUAUAACUUUACCGUUUGUGGUGGGUCAUUCUAUUGCAUGCAUUCACUCUCUUCUAGUGGCUGGUGCAUUCUCCACAUGUAAUGAGACUGAAGAGAAUAAUUUGGUUAACUCAUGUAGACAAGAUUUUGAAGAGAAUGAUAGCCACAGGCAUGCAAAACUUGGAAGGUUAUCAGAAGAAAGUUCAGUCACUAGUGUGACCAGUCGUAGCUCAUUUGACUAUGUGUCUAAGGCCACUGAAAUAAAAAUUGAUAAUUCCCCAUUUUCACCAUCUGUCUUAUCGUUGGCUUUCGAGUGUUUAAGGGCUAUGGAAAACUGGCUGGGAGUAGAUGAUGCAUCGGGACAUCUUCUCUAUCUCCUAUCUCACAACACUGGUCCUCGCUCUGGAAAUAAUCUUUUUAUAUUGAAGAGAACAAUAUCUAAUCUUAGAAGAGGAAGAACUGCUUUUGAAUUGUACAAUCCUCCAUUAGCGGAAAAUAAAGCUACAUCUAAACAUAUUUCUCGCAGUGGCUGUGAUAACUUGGAUUCUGGUCAAAGUCUUGACCUUGAAAUUGCCAGUGAUGGUUCUAAUGACAGCAUACAAGGAGAUUCUACCCCCGAUUUAGAAGCCCUCCGUGUGCUAAGUUUGUCUAAUUGGCAGGAUAUUACAUAUGCUGUUAGUAAGCAAGAUAUAUCUGUUCACAUUCCAUUGCACCGGCUACUUUCAAAGAUUAUACAGAGGGCAUUAAGAAAAUGUUUUGGUGAAAGUGCUGUUUCAUCAUUCCCUACAGAUCAGCAAUUUUUUGGCUAUGUUUUGGGAGGCUGCCAUCCACAUGGAUUCUCAGUCCUUGCUAUGGAGCAUCCUCUCCGGAUUAGGGUGUUCGGUGCUCAGGUACACGCUGGAAUGUGGCGUAAGAAUGGUGAUGCGGCUAUACUAUCAUAUGAAUGGUACCGUUCUGAUCGAUGGUCUGAACAAAGUUUAGAACUUGAUCUCUUUAUGCUUCAGUGUUGUGCAUCCCUUGCUCCUGCUGAUCUUUUUAUCAAGAGAGUUUUAGAACGUUUUGAGCUAUCAGAAUACCUCCAAUUGAAUUUUGAACAUUCUAGUGAGUACGAGUCAACUUUGGUGCGAGAAAUGCUGAUCCUUAUUAUACAAAUAGUGAAAGAGCGCCGGUUCUGUGGGUUAACUAACAUAGAAUGUUUACAAAGAGAUUUGAUAUAUCGGCUAUCGACUGGAGAUGCUCCUCGCAGUCAAUUGGUGAAGUCUCUUCCUCGUGAUCUAUCAAAGAUUGAUAAACUUCAGGAAGUUUUAGAUUCAAUAGCUGUGCAUUCUAAUCCCUCUAGCACAAAUCAGGGAAUGUAUAAACUGCGGUUGCCAUAUUGGAAGGAACUUGAUUUGUAUCAUCCUCGCUGGAAGUCAAGAGACUUGCAAGUUGCAGAAGAACGGUUUAUGCAGUUCUGUAAUGCAUCUGCUCUAAUCACUCAGCUACCGAAAUGGACAAAGAUAUAUCCUCCUCUUGGAGGGAUUGCCAGAGUAGCCACUUGUAGGACAACCCUCCAAAUUAUCCGUGCAUGUCUAAUUUAUGCUGUUUUUCCAAAUAAAUCAAAUGGGUCACGUGCUCCUGAUGAUGUUCUUAUAACUGCGCUGCAUUUACUGUCGCUAGCAUUGGACAUUUUUUAUGCACUCAAGGAGUCUUAUAACAAUCCUUGUAAUGAGGGUGAUGUGGUUCCCCUUUUGGCACAUGCUUGUGAAGAAGUUUCAAUAAGUAAAUAUGGUGACCAGAGCUUGCUGUCUCUUCUUGUUUUACUGAUGAGGAAAUACCAGGGAGGGAAUGAUUAUGUGGAAACUGUCACCCUAAAUCUUUCAUUUUUGGUUGAGAGUUUGCUAAAAAAGAUUGUGGAAUUAGAACCUGGAUGCAUGACCAAACUCCAAAGCCUUUCACCUGGACUAACCAAUCAGUUCUUGCAGUCUUUUCCUUAUGGUGAUGCCAAUGGUUUAGGAUCACUCUCAGAUAGUGACAAGCGCAAGGCUAAGGCUCGUGAGAGACAAGCUGCUGUACUGGAGAAAAUGCGGGCUCAACAAUCAAAGUUUUUAUCAACCAUUGACUCCACCGAAGAUGCUGAAGAUAAUGAGGCUAUAGUAGGAAAAAAAGGAUGUGCUGCUAAGGCAGUACGUGCUUCUGAGGAGAAGUUAAUCACUUGCUCUCUCUGCCAUGAUUCAAGUUCUAAAAGCCCUCUAUCAUACCUAAUUCAUCUCCAGAAAUCCAAGCUUCUAAGUCUUCUUGACAAAGGGCCUCCUAUGUGGGAACAAACUCGCCGCUCAGGAAAGGAGCCAAUGUUUACUUUUGGAGAAGCAGAAGAUAUUUCUCCAAAAAUUGACGCUUCGAGCCGCUUAGAGGCGGUCUCAUCUCUUGAGUUCAGUGAUUUAAUCCAAAAUGCCGUCAAUGAUUUUGCUUCAAAAGGGCAACCUAGAGAAGUAGAAAUGUUUGUGGGAUUUAUCAAGUCUCAGUUUCCCACAAUGAGUAGCAUUGAACCUCAUUGCAGCCUGAACAUCGCAAAGGAAAAAGGCAAAGAUAUGUGCGAGUCAUUUGACAAUUACCUAUACUCAUUGGUUCAAGAAAGAAAGAUCAAGAAUUUCUCUUGUUUAGAUUUUAUAUGUAGUGAUAAAAAGUCUCUCUCCAUUCAAGACAUAUUUUCCGGCAAUGGAAAUGAUGAAUCAUUAGUUCUUGGGAAAUACAUUGCUUCACUUUAUAGAGAAAUACUUGAUAACUCUUCUGGAUCAGGAAACGUAUACAGCUCACUGUUAGAAGAUAGGAAACAUGUUGCAGCAUAUGAUGUUUUUGGCCCCUCUGAUUGCGAUGGGGUAUAUCUCUCUUCCUGUGGGCAUGCUGUUCAUCAAGGAUGUUUAGAUCGCUAUUUACAAUCACUCAAGGAGAGGUAUACUAGAAGAGUUGUUUUUGAAGGUGGUCAUAUUGUUGAUCUGGAUCAGGGAGAAUUUCUCUGUCCUGUUUGUCGUGGCCUUGCAAAUGCAGUCCUUCCAGUACUUCCCAAUGAUGUAAAAAUUGCACCACCAGGUGGUUCAUCUUGCUGUACAUUAGAUUCUUUUGGAUGCUUUACUUCAUUGAGUGGAGUCACUGAUUCAUUGCAUGUUAAGGAAGCUCUGUCCCUCCUUCUGAAUGUCUCUGAUGUUUCUUGUAAGAGUGAGAUUCUCAGAGAGCUUCCACUGCAAUGUGGAAUGUCAAGAUCAAAUCUAGAAUCCAUUACCAGUAUAAUUGGUGGAAUGUACUAUCCUGGAAGGGAUAAGAUUCUGAAAUCAGAUAGGCUAAGUUCUUCAGUAAUUUUGUAUGACACCCUCAGAUACUCCAUUAUGUCAACAGAAAUUGCUGCUCGGUCCAGAAAGAUGUCAUUGGCAUCAAACUGCACCCUUAAUGCCUUGUAUAAAGAACUCAAGUCUUCAAAUGGUUUUAUAUUAUCAUUGUUGCUAAGCAAUGUAAAUAGCACAAGAACAAAGAACUCACUUGAUGUUCUUUUAAGAUUAAGAGGCAUCCAGCUUCUAUCGGCAUCUAUAUGUUCAAGCAUUUCUGUAGGUGAAAGUCCAAGCAAUCAAUGUCGAGGCAAUAUGCAAGAAAUCUUGAAAAUUUCUGAUAGAGAAGUUCAGUACCCUGAUAUCCAGUUCUGGAACCAUGCUUCCAGCCCAAUCCUUGCACAAAAUGCUUUUUCAUCAUUAAUGUGGACAAUUUAUUGUCUUCCCAGUCCUUUUAUUUCAUGCAAGGGAACUUUUUUGUCUAUUGUUCAUCUUUUUUAUGCCAUCACCAUCACUCAGGGAAUAGCAACAUACUGCAAUAAGAGACUAUACAAUUUGAGUGAAUUAGGCCGGUCUGAUAAUUUGGUUACAGAUGUCUGCAAAGUUAUGGGAGAAUGUAGAGCUGCUGGAGAAUAUUUUGAUUCUAACUAUAUCAGAACUUCUUCUAAUAUCAAUGAGGCAAUUCGUAGCCUGAGCUUUCCAUAUUUACGAAGAUGUGCACUACUGUGGAAAUUAAUUCAUUCUUCAACCCAGAUUCCAUUUGGUGAGGGUUCAUGCAUGCCAGAUGGAUUAUCACAUUCAUCCGAUGAGAUGAUGCAGAGUGAUGAUGCUUUUUCAGAUCUCUUUGAAAUAGAGAAGUUGGAAAAAAUAUUUAACAUUCCACCCCUCGAUGUUGUUCUAAACGAUGAGGUUUUACGGUUUAUUGUUCCAAGAUGGUUCUUGUGUCUUUCCAAAGAGUUUGAAGAACAUAAUCGACAGGGUGUCCUAUUCUCCACCCCUGCUGUCCCAUUUAGAUUAAUGGGGUUACCUCAUCUUUAUCAGGAUUUAUUGCAGAGGCAUAUUAAGCAGCAAUGCCUUGACUGUAGAACUGUUCUUGACGAACCUGCAUUGUGCCUGCUUUGUGGUAAACUGUGCUCGCCUUCCUGGCAAACAUGCUGCAGGUAUAACAGUUGCCAAACUCAUGCAUUGGCUUGUGGUGCUGGUACUGGGGUGUUCUUGUUAGUUCGAAAAACCACGAUCUUGCUUCAACGGUCUGCUCGUCAAGCAUUUUGGCAUUCCCCUUACUUGGAUGUGUUUGGUGAAGAGGACAUUGAAAUGCGUAGGGGGAAGCCAUUGUAUCUAAAUGAGGAGCGCUAUGCAGCUCUAACACACAUGGUGGCCUCUCACAGCCUUGAUCGAAGUUCCAAGGUGCUCCGUCAGACAUCUGUUAGCUUUUUCAUACUUUAGCUUCAAUCGAUGUGAUAGCAUUCUCCUGUGAGAGGUAAAAGGUUAUUAAAGUGGUGUCCGACAACUGAUUCUAGAUGCUGCUGUCCAUAUUUCCAAGGUAAGUGGUUCACGUUUGUGGGAGACAGUUGGGAUUUUCCUUUUGGCAAGGCAAGGCGGGCGGAGACUUGUUCGUAAUGCCCUCAGACAUGCUGUGUAUAAUUGUGUGCAUAUGGAAGAAAUAAUCACAAGUCUGUAAUACUGUAUAUCUAUGUGCCCUAUCAACUUGGAUUAGGGGUGGACACGGUACCUUUCCGGUCUGGUUUCGGUUCUGGAACCGGCGUUCCGGUACUGCCACCCCAUGGAAUCAUUAUCGGCGCCAGCGUCGGUUCCCGCACCGUACCGGGCCGGUUUGUUCCGCCUUCAGUUUUUUUUAAUUUUUAGUUGUAAUUUAUAAAUGUGUAAGUGUAAAAGCAAAAGAAAUUUAUAACUUUUUAUGAAUUAGAAUAUCUAAAAAUGUAGUUGUUAUUUAAAUAAUAAAAAUGAAAUGUACAAAAAAACUACAUUUAAUAU